AUGUCGUCAAAGGAGAACACUCGGAUCUUGUCGGUCCGUCGAUUGAACAAAGAAGGCCCUGGGGCCAAGUCCCUUUCAGAAUGGUGGGAUAGUGAGCGCAGCAACAAAACACCAGAAGCUACCGCGAUCGAGGAGGCUGCUCAACUUCUCCGGACGAGCAAUAUCCCUGUUGCGUUUCCUACAGAGACAGUGUACGGGUUGGGCGCCGAUGCGACACGAAGCGAUGCGGUGCAAGGGAUCUACAAGGCCAAGCAGAGACCGUCGGACAAUCCGUUAAUUGUGCAUAUCGACUCACUCGAAAUGUUGGAGCGGCUACUCAACCCGCAGGAAUCGGGUUCUACGAGCGCAUCCGAUAGCCCAAGAAACUCAAUUCCUUCCGUCUAUCAGUCUUUGAUUGCCCGUUUCUGGCCAGGUCCUCUUACGAUUCUUCUUCCUAACCCAUCUGGAUCGCUUCUGGCGAAGGAAGUUACUUCUAAAUUGACGACGUUUGGGGCGCGCAUGCCUUCUUCGCCGCUUGCACGGCUGUUGAUCCAUGUUGCGGACCGGCCGCUGGCGGCUCCCUCGGCGAACGCAUCGACCAAACCAUCCCCGACAGCGGCGGAGCAUGUGUAUCAUGAUCUUGAGGGCCGUAUCGAGCUAAUUCUUGAUGGUGGCUUAUGCGGCGUCGGUGUUGAAAGUACUGUGGUUGAUGGCCUGUGUGAUCCACCAGCAAUCUUGCGACCAGGCGGUAUUGGCAUUGAAGAGAUCCGGGCAUGCGCGGGAUGGGAAAAUGUACAACUUGGAUACCAUGAUGGUACUCUCGACGUCAAAGAGAUCCCUCGGGCACCGGGUAUGAAAUACCGACACUAUUCUCCCAAGGCACGUGUAGUACUUUUCGAGGCUGGCUCCAAGGAGCAGUCUGUGACCAAGCAUAUCCGCAAGGACUUGGAAGACACGGCGAUUGGGGCACAUAUGAUCGGUAUUGUACGAACGAAGCACUGGAAGCGGGGUCUCGGAUUAUUGUCUGAUGAAGAGAUCGAGAAAACCCUCAAACCCCUUCCGUCAUUGAUUGACGGCCUUGCAGGCUUCUCUGUUCCAAUCAGGGGCAACUCUGGCCGUAGUCCUGCAUUCAAGGAGGCCUUUGAUUGCCAUCUCGGACCCGACGUCGAGUCCAUUGCGCGCGGGCUCUUUGCCGCACUGCGGGCCAUGGAUGAAAUGGAAGUGGAUGUCAUCUAUGUAGAGGGAAUCUCAGACCAACAAGGUGACCGCGCAGCUGCCGUCAUGAAUCGUCUCCGUAAAGCUGCGGGGGCAGAAUUGCGAGUCUAA